CUCUGAAUUCUGAAAACAGUUUCGGCUUGCUGGUGCCAUUGCGGUUGCGGCGCCAGAUGGUAGCAGCAGCCAGCACCACCCAAGCACACUGGCAAAUGACAGGCAGCAGCUACGCCUGCACGUGCACGGCCUUCCGCUCCAUCAGCACGAAGCUAGCAGCACGGUCCAGCGCUGGCCGCCGCAGCCGUGGCCGCCGUUCUGCCGUUGACCCCUCUGCUGGAGGGCCGCCGCUGCCGCCGCCACCAGUUGUCAUCGCCGGCGCCGUGGCGUCGCCCGGCAAGCGAAUGCCGCCGUCACCAAUUGGUUGCACCAGCAGGGCCGCCACCGCUAGUAGUAGUAGGCAGGCGAAAGAGGACGAUGGCGCGAGCAGAAACGUCUCAGGCUUUGAGCCAUCCAUCUGGGGCGAUUUCUUCCUCACCUACUCCAGCCCUCUGGCCACGUCGUCCCUUCACAAGGCAUGGAUGGUACAUCGAGCAGAGCAGCUGAAGGAAGAAGUGGCAGCAAAACUGGUAGCAGCUUCCAGCGCCUGUAGCCUGCACCGUAGGAUUCAUCUCAUCCACGUCUUGGAGCGUCUCUGUCUGGAUCAUCUCUUCGAGGACGAGAUCAGCGACAUGCUAGCUCGAAUGAACGACGUCGAUGUCAGUGGCUGCGACCUUCAAACGGUGGCCAUGUGGUUCUAUCUUCUCCGAAAGCACGGAUACAGUGUCUCGUCAGAUGUCUUUGCCGAGUUCAGAGACGAACAGGGGGGUGGUUUUACAGCAAACAGUGCAAGGGAUCUGCUGAGCCUUCACUGCGCUGCUUGUCUCGCGACGCGUGGAGAGACGAUACUUGACGAGGCCAUUUCCUUCACAGCCAAGAGUUUAAAAUCAACAGCGCCGUAUACGGGAGCAGCGUCGUUAGCAUGUGAAAUAAAGCGUGCGCUCGAGAUCCCCCUCCCAAGACGUGUGAGAAUUUACGAGGCUAAAUCUCGUAUAGCUGAAUAUGGAAGAGAGGCUGAGGCUGAUGAACUGGUAAUGGAGCUAGCAAAGCUCAACUAUAAUCUCGUGCAACUCCAGUAUCAACAAGAGCUGAAGAUCAUAACAAGGUGGUGGAAUGGUCUAGAGCUUCAGUCAAGGCUAUCGUUCGCUCGAGACAGAGUUGUGGAGUGCUACUUCUGGAUCGUGGGAGUAUAUUUUGAGCCAAGCUACUCUCGAGCUCGAAUAAUACUAACAAAAGUCAUCGCCAUCGUGUCCCUAUUGGACGACACUUAUGAUGUCUAUGGAACUCCACAGGAGUGCGAGUUAUUUACCGAGUGUAUAGAAAGCUGGGACCCUGCAGUUGCUGGAGGUCUUCCAGAGAACAUGAAGUUCAUUUUUGGAAAAAUUUUGGAUACUUACCAAAGCAUUGAGGAAGAGUUAGCGCCGGAAGAGAAAUACCGCAUGCCCUACAUAAAAAAUUUUAUUAUAGAUCUAGUAAGAGCAUACAACAAGGAGGUAAGAUGGCGCGAACAAGGGUAUGUGCCUGCAACCGUUGAGGAGCACCUGCAGGUUUCAGCAAGAAGUGGCGCUUGUCACCUCUUGUCGUGCGCAUCAUUUGUUGGAAUGGGAGAUGUUGCAGGUGAAGAAGCUUUCGAAUGGGUGUGCAGUGUGCCUAAACUAGUGCAGGCGCUCUGCAUCAUUCUCAGACUUUCCGAUGAUCUCAAGUCAUAUGAGCGAGAGAAAAUGGCCCCGCAUGUUGCCUCGACAAUAGAAAGCUGCAUGAGAGAGCACGAGGUCCCGCUCGAAGUGGCUCGCGUGAAGAUACAGGAAAUGAUAGAUGAAACAUGGAAAGAUUUCAACGAGGAGUGGCUGAACAUGAACAAGCACCAGCCGGCGGAGCUGCUCGAGAGGAUCUUCAACCUGACAAGAACAAUGGUGUAUAUGUACAAGAAUGAUGACGCGUACACAAAUUGCCAUGUCAUCAAAGACACCAUAAACUCGUUGUUUGUGGAGCCUGUUUCCAUAGCCUAAGACGUUCGUUAAAUAGUUGUGAUGCCCCAUGCAUGGUUGUGUGUAACACCAUAAAAGCCAUCAAUUAAAAUAAUAAAUUUAGAUAUU